UUUUUUCUGAAAACGAUUCCUCCGUAGUUAGUUGAGUGCGCUUUUCGGUAUGUUGUAGGUAUGUUUCGCGUCUUCACUGGUUACAGUAGAAAUCUGACGCAGCUGCGAACAAGGACGCAGCCAUAAAAAUAGCUCGACAGUCCCGUGUCGAGGAAACAAAACUAACCUAUAAUGUGGCGGUGAAGCUUCAGAAAGACAGCGAAGUAGUACUGAAGUCGAAAGCUAUGGACCUCUCCGACGCGGCAAGUCUUGCCGCGGCGGAACCGUGGCCGCCCUGGGCGCUGCGGACCAUUGCCGUUCUCACCGUCCUCGUAGCAAUCUUGUCGAAGUACACGGCACGAAGAGCUAGCAACAGCUCGAGCUCCGGUUCCAAAUCAUCCACCUCAUCUGAAGAACGGAAAGCGUCGCGGUCAAGCAGAGGCAGGGAUAUCACUAAGGACGAUGACAACACGAAAACCGGAUUUUUUCCCGACCACGAGAAGAACAAUAAAGUAUCCGACUCUCCUUCAAAAACUACUAGCAGUGAGCAGAGCUGCGACAGUGACCACGGGAAUAAAGCCGUCCGCACCGCGGAUCGUGAGGAGCAAAUUCACUUCAUGCAAACGCAGAAGCAGCUCCGCCGGGAGAAGAACAAGGCGAGUUUCCGGACCUUUCAGCUGAAGUACCUCUCGUAUGGAAUGCAAAAGCAUCGUACUCGUAUAAAUGCAUUACAAAUUUGCUCAGCAUUAGAAAUAAAAAUUUGUAAUGCGGAUUUAGCUUCAGAAAAAAAUUUGUAAUGCAUGACUGCAAUUACUACGAGUGCGAUACUUUUGCACAGGAUAUCUCGGUGUACUUGACCAUCAUGCUCGCGGAUUGGCUGCAAGGGACGAAUAUGUACACGCUGUACGAGGACGAGUAUGGCGUGGAUACGGGAACCCUGUUCCUCACCGGCUUCCUGUCUUCCGCCGUGUUAGGAACCUACCUGGGGCUGUACGUGGAUCUGUACGGGAGGAAAAAAGCCUGUCUGUUCUUCUGCUGGAUCGAAAUCGUGAUCAACCUGAUCGAACACGUGAACAACUUCCCGUUGCUACUUUUCGGCCGCGUUUUGUCCGGGAUCUCGUCCAGUCUCCUCUUUUCCGCGUUCGAAGCCUGGAUGGUGUCGGAGCAUCGAAGACGGAAGUUCCCGGAAAAAUCUUUGAACGCGACCUUCGCCAUCGCGUCCGCGGGGAACGGAAUCGUCGCGAUCAUCGGGGGCUUGUUGGCGCAAAUCGCGGCGGACAAGCGGGGAGAUCUCGGGCCCUUUCAGCUCGCAAUCGCGCUGACGGUGGUGUGUUUGCUGUUGAUCCUCUUUCUGUGGGAAGAGGAUAAGGAGAGUUCUGUAGGAGGAGGUGGAGCAGCUACGGUUAGUAGUUUUACCACCUCCGGGGUGCCUGCCGCUGUGGAGAGUGCGAAUAAGCAAGGGAAUGAAUCUGCUUUACAAGUAGAACAGCGCGAGGGAACACAGGUGGUUGAUAGUACUGCGGCGAUAGCGAGCGCGUCGGUCCUACAGGGUCAGCACAACCCCGACCUCGAAAACGAGGAAAGCGGUGCUCCUAUCCCGGUAGCGCCAAAAAUGUCUCUUCCUUUGCCAGAAGGCGAGAGGAAUUAUGAAGAGACGAUGCCGCUGCUGGGCGGCGUUGUUUCAUCCGCGGAUGAGGAACUUCAUGCAAGAACUGCGGAAAGAACAUCAAAGUCUGUAUCUCUCCCCACGACCGCGACCGGGCAUCACCUCACGGGCGCGACACUCCCGAACCCCCCUUCUGCCACGAAAAAACCGAACGAGAUCGACGAGGACGAGCGGUUAUGGAAUGCAAAUAUGUCUGGGUCUGGGAGGUUGCAAGACUUGUAGUGCUGAAUUCCAAGCGUACUCCUGAACUCUGUACAUGAUGCAUGCUUGAAACUAUUAGCACUGCUUUUCUGUGUUGCAAACGAGCUUCUGUUUCUACUUAUUCGCCUUGCUCACUGCAGAACCGCUCGAAAACUUGUUAUGCCUGGCCGCGUAAUGAAUGCAGUCAGUUUGUGUCCCGACCCGGCAGACAUAUAAUUGCAAUGCAUAUCCGUCGACGACCGAUACGAGCGACGAGGAACCGAACAGCAACUCCCGAACGCUGCCCCUGUCCGUCACGUGGGGGUGCCCGAGCCCGAAGCAGAACCCGUUUCUCUCGGCGCACCACAAGAGACACCUGACGCGAAGAAGGAGCACGAGCCUAACGCCGAGCUUUCAACACCCGGGAGGUUCGUCGAGCCGGCACCGGAACACCCAGGUGGUGUCCGGGGCGACGAGACGGAGAACUAGCACGCAGUCCGAGGCGAACGCAGGACAAGUAAAUCAGGGGAAUCACGCUCCAGCUGAACAACGACCACGAACAAAUCUUCGUGCGGCGCCGGCAGCGGUUGCAGCUCCGCCUGCUCGCCCCCCGAUCGGCGCACGGCCGGAAGACCCGGCCGCGGGGAAUUUUGAAGGAGUUGUGCAAAACAACUUCCAACCUGCCGGCGGACCACGGCGGGAAACGAACAAUCCCCACGCAGUCGCUGCGGCGAAUAAUCCUGCCAGAACGGCCACUGCCGCACACCGAUCGUCGGCCGCACGGGGUGGAACCAAUUCCCUCUACAACACCAGCGCGAGCCGUCGCGAGUGCCACUUUUCCGGGCAGGGCGGCGGCAGGGGAGGGUCGAAGAAUUCGGUCACGUCGUACCACUCGGUGCUGAGCGGCGGUAGUGGAGCUGCCAGUCCACCGAACAACAACAACGGGAUGUUGAAUCAUGCGAACAGCCCGCUCGGGAGUAACGCAAACACGCCGCGCGGAUUGGCAGGUGGUCCGGGUACAACUAUGGCAGUUCAGGGUGGAGGACCACAGCCCCCGCAAGGCACGAACCUGAACUUCCUGCAGGGAACAAACACAACUACAAGGGCUGCGGCGCAGCUGCACCACGCUGCUGUAGCAGCCGCCCAAGGAGUACUGCCGUACGGGAUUAACCAAGGAUCUUCCUCCUUCCCGGCGAACGUCAGCAACGAUCUGCAAUCGGUUUCGUACCUCAGUACCGCAACAGAAACCGUUUCCGGCGGCCACGACGGAACCCGGGCGCCAAAUAUCCCGUCCCCUGCGUCGGUGUACAAGAGUACAACUACAGGAGGUUCCUCCUCUUUUAUCGACGAACUGCAUGGCACUACUGCCGGCCCCAACAUCCGUCGUCGCGGCAGACCGAAUGGAACCCCGGAGGGCGAAGCAGCGAUCAAUAUCUUGACCCGGACCUCGUCUGCGCGGAGCAGUCAGAACGCGGCCUUGGAGGUGCAGCAGGGCGACGGGGAGGAGGAAUGGGUGUACAAGCCUCGUCCCCGGAGUCAAGGUACACCAGGAGGAGAGGUGUACGAGUUGGAGGAGUUUUCAACAACAUCUGCGGACACUAAGAAGCCAAAAUCUUGUUCGAGAACUAGCGACGCUUCGAAACCAGAAGACAAGCCGCUGCUCCAACACUUGAAAGACACGUGCGAGCUGAUCGCGCAAACGCCGACCAUCCUCUGCCUCGGCCUGAGUCAGGCGUUCUACGAGGGCGGGGUCUUCACCUUCGUGUUCAUGUGGGUGCCAAAUAUGCAGAUGGUUUUGAACUCGCAGAAAAUUCCGACGGGCUUAAUCUUUGCGUGCUUCAUGCUGGCGAUGACGCUCGGGGGGAUUUUAUACACGGCGAUCGGGACGAAUGUCGAUAAUGCUGCUGCGAAGAGGAAAAGUAGGGGAGCGAACGCGAGUGCUGCCGCUUCCUCAUCCACUAUCUUCUUGUUCUCUCUGCUGAACAGCAGCGGCAAAAUUUCCCUCCUCGUGUACGCCAUCGCGGCGCUCUCCAUGUGCGUCCCGCUGAUCAGCUACGAGUUUUGGCCGGUGUUCAUUUCUUUCCUGGUGUUAGAAGUCUCGCUCGGCAUGUACAAUGCGUGCGGCGCCGCGAUCCGCGCGGAGCUGUACCCCGACGAACACCAGUCGCGGCUGGUCAACGUGUUUCGGGUGCCGUUGAAUUUGUUGGUCGUGGUGGGGACGAAACUGACCAGCCACGCGGGCAGCGAUUUCUCCCACUGCUUCUACGCGGUGGUGCUGAUGUUCAGCACGGCGGUCGUGUUUCAGGUCUUGCUCAUGGUCUGCGAGAAGCGGGGGGAACAAACGAAGACUGGUGCUGGGGUUGUUCUGAACACCGGGGCAGACGAGGAAGAGGAAAGUUCAGUGUCUGGAAGCGCCGGUUUUGAGGAGAAGAAGACGCGGUAGGGAGGUGUGUUUUGAUGUUCAGGCCGGUGUGAUGUCAAGCGAGCCGUUGCUCCUCCUCUGGUGUCGAAAGGGGAGUGCGUUGAAGUUGAUAUGAGCACUUCAUAUACUACAUUAUUCAAAAAGCGAGAUCAGUACGCUCCGAGGACGAGCCUUUGAUUUCGUUACCAGAAGUUGCUGGGGCAAGGGUCUAGGCGCUCCUUUGCAAAAUCUCGUUUGAAAAAAUGCAUAAUGAUGGUAAAGGGCAAUAGUGAGCAUCCUCUUCGCUUCUGUACUAGUAAAUCUGCUUGUACCAACCCCAUCACCUAUUUAUUGUUCUUAUCACUUCUUCUCGCAUUUCGAAAUUUUUUAACAUGAGCUACCCUGUAUUUGAGGCGUUCCAGACCCGCGCUGCCGCGUCUCCUUGCACACUGUAUUUGUCUUUUUCUCGGUAGGUACUUAAUGCGACAGGCGGUGGGGCGCGGGUUUCUGCAAACUUCUACGCUUUUUGUACCCGAGACACACAGGGAAGAGAAAGAGCGGAUGACUUUGAUAAAAUUUUACUGCACGCAUUUUCGCCACCGCUUGAUGCGGGUUGUUUAAAAUACAUCUGAGCCUGACUAGUAUCACACCGUGGCGGUGAGGUUUUGCCGGGGUAGUUGCUCUGACUGCGUUCUUCAUUCCGGCGAAAAUUACUGAGCGCGGACGUGCGUGCUGCUAAAGUUUGCCGGCGCUCGAUUUUUUGAGAUUGGCCGCGCCCCUACCGCUUUUCCAUAGUGUGGGCUAGCUUGCUCGCCGGCAGCACUCGGGCAAUGCGCGGAAGCCUGUUCCCCCGGGUGCCGCAGUGGGUUUGGAAAUUAGGCGGGCAGAGCGGUUGUGCCGGCCAAAGACCUGGGGCGCGGUCGCCAGCUUACUGCAAUUGGCCAGCGAUGCGCCCGAGGCCCAGCGUAAUCCGG